AUGCCAUCUGAUCUACAGCACCACCGUCCUCCUCCACUGGUAUCAGUCUCUGGAGCAGUCGUGUCGUAUAUCCAUACCAUAUGUGGCUUUUUGGCAUUUGGAGGCGCUUUAUUGGUGGGUCUAUCACUGCAUUAUCAUAAAGUCGUCAAAAAUGGAAUAGCAGGAUGGCCAGAAGAGUAUUGGCCAAGUGUAAGCGCAACAAUUGGAGAUUGGUAUCCAGAAAGAAAUCUAUUCCAAAUCGGAAUCGCAUUAAUGUCAGGUCCAAGAUUUUUGCUCGUCUUCCUUUCGUCGAUGCUCGUUUCUCUUUCAAAGCCCCAUUCAUGGCAUGCAAAAACGCUUUUGGUUACCGGAAUCGUGCGCACUUUUGCUUGCGGAGGAUGGGUCUAUGUGACUUCCUCUGACGAUCAUGACGUACACGAUAUAAUGAUGGGAUUAUAUCUCAUCUUAACGCCGCCAUGGAUGUUCAUUACCAGUGGAAGUCUUGCACAACAACCGAACAAGGAAGCUCUGAUGAGCACUUCCAAGAACAAACAAGAUGCUCUGGCCGAAAAAGCACGCAAGAUGCGAAGGUUGGCUGCAAGUGCAUUUUUUGGCAUGAUACCUUUUAUGAUCUUCUUCUUCUAUCGACACAAGGUACUCGAAAUACAUGGUGCAUAUACCCAUUACGCUUUCUUUGAAUGGGGAUUGAUUAUCUUCGAUCUUCUAUACGAUUACGCAUCAAUGUAUGAUUUGAGCAGAAUCGAGAUUCAAAUUGUCGAAGCAAGCAAUCCAGCAGUCACAGCUGUCGCCGAAGAAAAAGGCGCAAACAAGAUGUUCGGCGGUACGUGGCUGGUGGGAGGUACGAAAGAGGCAGUUACGUCUGGAGCAUGGAGUACACCGCCAUCUUCUUCUGUCAAUGGUCUGAAGGGAAAAAAUACAAAGCAAACGAGUGCCAGAAUCCAGCAGGUAGAUAGACCUGGCGAAGUAUCUUUUGUUUCGGAUUCUCUUAACUUCUUAUCUGAAGCUUACUUGUCAUUCUUAUUUUGGACCUCCGUGACUGGACUGCAUGCCGAAAUCUUUUUUUUCAGCGUUUACAACAUGGGAGUAGGCGGGCAUGAAGCACUGUUGGUCAUUCAGGUCAUCGCAUUGGCAGUAUCACUCUUGCCGCCUUUCCAAAGGCUGCUGGUUGGUGAAGAUACCAGCAAAAAGUUGACCAGGAAAUCUGGCGAUCUCCUCAACGUUCAUGUUGGAAGGCAUCGUGUAUCUGUUCUGAUUGUAGUCUACAUGCUUUGCUUGUCUGGAUUUGCUUCUUGGAUCUUCGAUGAUGCAUUGACGAGGCUCAUUUCUACAGCAUUGAGUUGCAGUGGAUUUACAUAUUUGACGACAUUGGAAUGGGGUAGAGCGUGGGAGACAAACGACUUGGAUUCCAAAGCGCUCGUGUGGAUCGCGGGUUUACUAUUGUCAAGUCUAGCAAAGUAUGCCAAUCACAGCAAUAACCCUGCUUGGAAUUUCCUCAAAUCUGACAAUGGAGGCUUGAAUGCAGUAGCAUUGAUCUUAGCUUUAGGUGCAAUCGCUCAACGUAUAAUUAGCUUGCACAGACAGUACAAAUUCAAAUUGGAGCCAUACAAACCCCGUAAGCGAACAAGCGGGGCAGACUCUACAAUUGCGAUUUUGAGUCUUGGAGCGUUGAUUUUUGGAUAUCACGUUUUGCUUAGUGACUCUGGUACCUUGAUCGCAUGGACAUGGACUGGAUAUCCGGUCAAAGGACCAAUGGCUAUCCCUCAUGGACGUUUGAUCUUGCUGGCAUCGUGUAUUGCUACGAUACUAUCCAUCAAUCGACCAAGCCUAGCUUUGCAGCCCUUGUUCUGGGUCUUUGGCUCGGUAUCUCUCUUUGUGGUUUGGGCCUUCGAAGAUUGGCUAGGAUUUUUGGGAGCGAUUGGAGUGGCCAUUUUCUUGCCUGCAAUCGCAUCGCCUCUUUUGCAGUAUACCAUGCAAAAUCAUCCAUUCAAGAUCAUGCUUGGUGCCUGGUUUGUGGCGGAUCUAUUGGCCUUCCUUCAAGUACUCACAGCAGCUUAUGCAUUCGUGCCUGGAGGCAAAGUGAUGCGUGAGCAUACAGGAUUGAUGAUGGCCAUCAUGAUGACAUUCCUCAGCUUAGGAUUGUGGAAAAGUCGUGCUUCUGAAGACCAGAUCAAGACAACAUCCAAACGCACUCGAAUGCUUGGAACUGCUGCUUUGAGUUUGUUGGCUCUCAGCGCUCAACUCGUACCUCUAUUUCGAGCCGUUGAACCACAAAGCAUCAAACCAUAUCAUCCCUCUGACCGCGUCUUCACUGCAGGAAUUUGGACGAUCCAUUUCGGACUUGAUCAAUCCAUGUGGGACAGUUCCCGUCGAAUUGCAGGAUUGGUGGAGGAUGUGCAAUUGGAUGUGAUUGGUCUGUUGGAAAGCGAUACACAUCGUACUGUGUUUGGAAAUCGUGAUUUGACGCAGUAUCUCGCCGAAAGACUCAACAUGUACGCUGACAUAGGGCCGGGCCCCGACAAGCACACCUGGGGUGCUGCACUCUUAUCCAAAUUCCCUAUUAUCAAUUCUACUCAUCACUUGCUUCCAUCGCCCAAUGGCGAACUUGCACCUGCUAUACAUGCAGUCUUGGAUGUUUAUGGAGUGCACACACAUGUGAUCGUAAGUCACAAUGGUCAAGAAGAAGAUCCAUACGAUCGUGAAUUGCAAACAACUGAAAUUGCAAGAAUUUUACGUGAGGCAUAUCCACAUCCAGCCGUAUUUUUGGGUUACGUUGUCACAAAGCCACAUGCACCAAGACCGAAUCCGUACGAAAUCUUAUUCAAAGACGGUCGAAUCUUUGACGUUCAUCCUGAUGAUUCAGAUCGAUGGUGUCAAUAUAUCGGUUUCCGUGCACUUGAACGGGUUGCAUAUGUGCGUGUUUCACGAUAUACAGUCACUGACACUGAAUUACAAACGGCCAAAUUCCGCGUUCAAGCACCUGGAAUGCCGCCAAUCGAUCCAGACAGGGAUGUCUUACCGUUUCACACAAUGGUCGCACCUGUUGAAGGAACAGCAUGGGCUUAUCCGACCAAGUUUAUCGAUCCUCCUUCUAUGGUAUACGAUCGACACAAGUACAGCCCAUGGUAUUGGCCGUGGUAUUAUCAUGCACAAGAAGCACCGCAAUUGGUGUUGUAA